AUGACUUUAGUUCUUGGAAACUCUGAAGAGAAAAAGACCAACUUUGCUAGGAGUUCAUGCUCUCCUACAAGCUCCCAUAGGCGAACUUUUUCGUCGUUUUCCAGAUUGACUCCAUAACGUUUGAACAAAUCGUACAAUCGUAACCCAAGUGGUGCUAGUUUCCUUUGUUCACAUGUACGGAUCCAGUCAACCUGCAUCUGUCGUAUCGCGUCAGCGUCCUCAACAAACUUUGUAUGCUUGAGGCACAGCUCUGCGAAUUGCCGUAUGAACUCUUCAUCGAUCAUUCUUGCCUUAAAUGAAUUCAUGAAACGCAUGGCCAUAACACAAUCAAGUGGAUCAAUCUCAUCCUUGUGCUCUUCGAGGAAAGUAGCCGCUUCUUCAUACUGA